AUGUCGACUACCGCUGCGAAUAUCUUCAUCGGCGUUUGGCAAAACCACAACGACGAAACAUGGCCAACAUGGACACUCACCCUUAAACAACGCGACGGCGGUAUUCUCUCCGCCGCCCUUGUUCUCUUUGUCGGCUUUGCAGCAACGCAGGCAUGGAACAUUGUCAAAUUGAUCCUCCACCAGGUACUCUUGCGUUCCAGGCGAGACGGACUUGACCAGCAACUGCAGGCGAUGCUCCGCAACAGCAGUACCCAUGCUGAAGCAGCCUGGUUUUCUAUUCGGAUUCCCCUUGGUUGGAGACGACAGCGGGGGUUGAUCCAUGGCCUGGCGAGGUCUUCCCCUAUACUUAUCGUCUCGCUUGUUCUUAUUGCAUCGUGGGCGGCAGCACAGAUCUUAUUGUCAAGAAUUUGGACUGGUGCGGGCGAUGAGUUCUUGGUCAAUAGCGAGAUCUGCCGCUGGGUCAACAUUACGGAUAUACAUAGUAUGCCUAACUUCCAAACUUUUUCGAUUUAUUACAAACAAAGGAUCGAGUCAGCCUCGGUCUAUGUUGAUCUCUGCUAUGAAGCAGCUUCAGGCCAGACUAUCCAGAACGCCUUCUGCCAGAGCCUGCCCCGUGCGGCCGUCAACUGGACAAUGAGCGAUGCCCCCUGUCCUUUUGCCGACCCCAGCCUCUGUAUCAGCACAAACUCAACGCCGGUGAUGCUUGAUACGGGCUAUCUCAGUUCAAGCGUUCAUUUUGGCAUCCAUACGAGACAAGAAGACAGCAUCCUGUACCGCAGGGUGGCCAACUGCUCUCCAGUCACCACCGCGUAUCAAGAUUCGCCCGAAAAGGAUGUAAUCGACAACUACUAUGGGCCAAAUGGGACCCCAGACCCAUCUGACGGCAAGCCAGUCGGGCUCACGUUCACAUAUCGUGACCGGGUUACAACCGUAGAAGACGCUAUCAUGUCGACCUACAAUUUGGUCGCAAUUUCUAGGUUGUGGCAAUACAACGCAACGUUCACCGACCGACAGGAUGUCAAACCCGUUAUAAUGUUCAUUACGAACCCUAAUGCAUACACAAAGCCAAAUUAUGACCCCAUUUUUCGCACGGGAGGGAGCGUUAAUACUUCGCGAUUUGGAGCGUUGUAUAACGCGUCUACCGCCCUAUCCAUUCUCGGAUGCCUUGAGCAAUACGAAAUCUGCAAUCCUGCUAACACCGGAGACCCCAUCUGCAUGGUGUACAAGCACUCCACAGACGCCGGCUACGAUCUCUCCGCCGUUGUCAAGCCUCUACGCCUGUCUGAGAAGCAAUUGGCAACAUUCAUACGGUUGGACGCCAUCCAUACCGGGACCGACCUGGCGGGCACUGCUUCUACCAGCUUGUUCCUGGCGUCUCGGACCAUAAUUAACGGGAUUCAGUUGGCCGAGCUCUCGAGCACACAGUGGCGCCUGGAGCUCUCCAGGUGGUUCUCCGAGGGGCUGGCCAUGAUCCAGCAGGGCUUUGUGGAUUCCGCAACUGUACCGGACAAUAAUGGCCUGUAUUUCCCUCAGUUAUCCGGCACCGCGGCUAGUUGCAAGCACCAGAUCGUCCGGAACGUUACCGGCCUCCAGAACUUCAAUAUGCUGGCUAUCGUUAUCGUCUUGGUGCUGGGUAGCAUCAUAAUCGUGCUUGGGCUGACUAUAGACAGCAUUGUCCGCUACGUUCAACGGCGUUUCCCCGGGACUUCGGAAGGGUGGGUGCAUUGGACUCUGGACGGGGUAUUCCAGCUGCAGCGCCUGGCGUACCGCGGAGCUGGCGUCCGAUCGUGGCGCGAUGAAGAUACAUAUAUCCCAAUUGUAGACGGCAGGACUCUUCCGGGUGUUGAUCCGCAGACCAUGGCGUUUGCAGAGUGUGGCAGCGAGGAGGAGCUGAGAUUAAUGCAUAACCAAGAAGCCAAAAACACUGUGGAGGCAAAUAGGCCGUGA